CUUCAUUUAUUCGGAGGAAGAAAAGAACCCCCACCCCGGCUUUCGAUCCCUCUUUCCUUCCCUCGAAGUCGAACCCGCCUGCCGUCGUCCCUCCACUGCCGGCUGUCUUCUUCGUCGGAGGCCGACGCCCCAGUCAGAUUGCAUCCAGAGAAGUAAGCAGAGAUGUCAAACGAAAGCCACUUGAAGACAUGGGUUGAGGACAAGUUGAUGUCGUUGAUGGGGUAUUCCAAGAGUGUAGUUGUUCAAUAUGUGAUUCGCUUGGCCAAGGAAUCUUCUUCACCUGACACUCUUAUGAGUAAGCUUGUAGAGUUUGGGCUCUCUUCAUCAAUAGAUACACGCUCAUUUGCUGCAGAGAUGUUUGCUAAAGUCCCACAUAAGCAGUCUGGGUUGAGUAAUUACCAGAAAGAGGAAAAAGAAGCAGCUCAGUUUGCAAAGAAGCAGAGGAGUUACAAGUUGCUGGAUGCUGAUGACGAUGAAGGGGAUGACCGACUACCAAGUACCAGUGCAACUUCUCAGCCAGGAAAAAUGGGUUCUCAUCAAAAGCGUUUUAGAAAGAAGAGCGAAACUCAAGAGAGUGAAGAUGAUGAGCCAACCACAGUUGGAGAAAAUGGCCGACAUGUUCGAAGGCGUACAUCAGGGGUGGAUGACGAUGAUGAUGAUAUUGAGUCGGAAGAAGCCAGGAUACGUGACCAAGAAGAACGAGAACAGCUGGAAAGGAAUAUCAGAGAAAGGGAUGCAGCCACUACUCGAAAGUUGAUGGAGCCAAAGUUAACAAAGAAGGAAGAAGAGGAGAUCAUUCGGAGGUCUCAAGCAUUGGAGCAAAAUGACACUUUAGAACUAAGAAAAGUUUCAAGGCAAGUAUAUCUGCAGAAGAGGAGGGACCAGAAGCUCUUGGAGUUGCGGGAUGAUAUUAUUGAUCAUGAGUAUCUCUUUGAGGGUGUAAAGUUAACGGAUGCAGAAGAACGUGAACUAAGGUACAAAAAGAAAAUUUAUGAGCUUGCAAAGGAGCAUUUGGAGGAUUUUGACGAUAUUAGUGAGUAUCGGAUGCCUGAGGCAUAUGAUCAAGAAGGGGGCGUAAAUCAAGAGAAAAGGUUUGCUGCAGCUAUGCAGCGUUACAGGGAUCCUGAUGCCGGAGAUAAAAUGAACCCAUUUGCAGAACAAGAAGCAUGGGAAGAACAUCAAAUUGGAAAGGCAACUCUAAAGUUUGGCUCAAAAAAUGGAAAGCAAGCAGCUGAUGAUUAUCAGUAUGUUUUUGAAGAUGGGAUUGAUUUCAUCAAGGCAUCUGUUAUGGAUGGCGUCCAGGCUGAAGAUGAGUUGCCUUCUGAGGAACCUGACGUUUCAUCUGCAAAAUCUAAGCUUGAGAAACUGCAAGAAGAGAGAAAAACUCUGCCUAUAUAUCCAUAUCGAGAGGAGCUACUACAGGCUGUUCAUGACCAUCAGGUCCUCGUUAUUGUUGGAGAGACUGGCUCUGGGAAGACUACUCAGAUACCACAGUAUCUUCAUGAAGCAGGAUAUUCAAAAAAUGGGAAGAUUGGAUGCACACAGCCGCGCCGUGUUGCAGCAAUGAGUGUUGCUGCACGAGUGUCUGAAGAGAUGGGUGUUAAGCUUGGUCAUGAGGUUGGUUACUCUAUUCGUUUUGAAGAUUGCACUUCAGACAAGACUUUUCUUAAAUAUAUGACGGAUGGUAUGCUUUUGCGUGAGUUUCUUGGUGAACCUGACUUAGCAAGCUACAGUGUUGUGAUGGUAGAUGAAGCACAUGAGAGAACACUUUCAACAGAUAUCUUAUUUGGUUUGGUGAAGGAUAUUACUCGCUUCCGGAAAGAUCUCAAGUUGCUUAUCUCAAGUGCCACACUAGAUGCUGAGAAGUUUAGUGAUUACUUUGACUCUGCGCCAAUUUUCAAAAUACCGGGGAGGCGAUAUCCUGUUGAAAUACAUUUUACUACAGCACCUGAAGCAGAUUAUAUUGAUGCUGCCAUCGUCACUGUUCUUCAAAUACAUGUGACUCAACCACCUGGUGAUAUUCUUGUGUUCCUUACAGGGCAGGAAGAAAUUGAAACAGUUGAUGAGAUCCUUAAGCACCGGACACGUGGUUUAGGAACAAAGAUAGCAGAACUCAUAAUAUGCCCUAUCUAUGCUAACCUUCCAACUGAGCUCCAAGCGAAGAUCUUUGAACCUACCCCAGAAGGUGCUCGCAAGGUUGUCUUGGCAACAAACAUAGCAGAAACUUCACUAACAAUUGAUGGGAUUAAAUAUGUUGUUGAUCCUGGAUUUUGUAAGAUUAAGUCAUAUAAUCCCAGGACUGGGAUGGAGUCUUUGCUAAUUAAUCCAAUCUCAAAAGCAUCUGCAAUGCAAAGGGCUGGAAGAUCUGGACGUACUGGACCUGGAAAAUGCUUCCGUCUGUAUACUGCAUAUAAUUAUCACCAUGAUCUUGAUGAUAAUACUGUACCAGAGAUUCAAAGGACUAAUCUUGCGAAUGUUGUGCUCACUCUUAAAAGCUUGGGUAUUCAUGACUUGGUGAAUUUUGAUUUCAUGGAUCCACCACCAUCAGAGGCAUUACUCAAGGCCCUUGAACAACUUUUUGCUCUUAAUGCAUUGAACAGCCGUGGAGAGUUGACCAAGACUGGAAGAAGGAUGGCAGAGUUUCCACUUGAUCCCAUGCUUUCCAAGAUGAUAGUUGCUUCAGACAAAUAUAAGUGUGCUGAAGAGAUUAUAUCUGUUGCUGCAAUGCUGUCUGUUGGUAAUUCAAUAUUUUAUCGUCCAAAGGAUAAGCAAGUUCAUGCAGACAAUGCAAGAAUGAAUUUUCACACUGGGAAUGUGGGAGACCAUAUCGCACUGCUCACAGUAUACAAUUCCUGGAAGGAAACUAACUACUCAACUCAGUGGUGCUAUGAAAAUUUUAUUCAGGUUCGGAGUAUGAAACGUGCUAGGGAUAUUAGAGACCAGUUGGAGGGGCUCUUGGAAAGAGUUGAGAUUGAACUUACCUCAAAUAUGAAUGAGUUGGAUGCAAUAAAAAAGGCUAUAACAUCAGGUUUUUUCCACCAUUCUGCAAAGCUGCAAAAGACUGGUGCAUACAGAACUGUUAAAAAUCCUCAAACUGUCUAUAUACACCCAAGUUCUGGUCUGGCCCAGGUGCUUCCUCGAUGGGUUAUAUACCAUGAGCUUGUGCUUACCACGAAAGAAUAUAUGAGACAGGUUACAGAAUUAAAGCCUGAAUGGCUGGUAGAAAUUGCACCUCACUAUUACCAAUUGAAGGAUGUUGAAGAAUCUGGAUCGAAGAAAUUACCUCGUGGGAAAGGGCGGGCUGCAUUGCAAUAGCUAGUUCUGGAUCAAAGAGAUGACCUUGCUGGAAAGGGUGUGCUGCAGUGGAAUAUUUAACCGUGGCAGCUGGAUCAAGAAAAUUAUCUCAUGAGGGACAGCAGGCGGCAUUAUAGUUGCUGACCAACUGUUGGAGGAAUCCUUGGCUGGUGGAGCAUGCUUUUGGCGUGGUGUCUUUGGUUGCCAAAGAAACUGUAUAUAGUCAUUUUCUGUAUCAUUAGAGAGAGGAAUGUUGCCUCUUCUCCCGUCAAGUUUUACUUCUACCCCGUAACAAUUCAUUGUAAUAUAAGAAAUACAGGUGGUCUCAAUCUUAAGCAGAGUGAUAGCUGACAAGCCACCAACUUUUUGAUGGCUGUUUUGAUGGGUAAAAGUUUGGAGCUCAUGAAUUAAAUCAAAAUUAACU